UAGCACCGCCACCUCCGGGCCUGAACAGAGGGGCCCGGGGAAGUGGCCGCCGCCGCCGCUGCCGUCAUGGAGCUGGGCCUAGCUCUGGCCCGCGUGGAUUACGUGCAGGUGGGAGUGACAUCUCAGAAGACCAUGAGGCUCCUCCCAGCAUCAGGACGUAGGGCAACACAGAAGGCUGUUAUUGGAGAUCAAGAUGGUGUAAUUACAUGUUUUGGCAUCAAAAAAGGAGAAGCUGUGCCAGUCUUCAAGACAUUACCAGGGCAAAGGAUCACAAGGUUGGAGCUGGGAGGAGCUCUUAAUACACCGCAGGAGAAAAUUUUUGUGGCUGCAGGAUCAGAGGUUAGAGGUUUCACAAAGAGAGGGAAGCAGUUCCUUUCAUUUGAGACUAACCUCACGGAAAACAUCAAAGCUAUGCAUAUAUCAGGAGCAGACCUUUUUCUUUGUGCAAGCUAUAUCUAUAACCAUUACUGUGACUGCAAGGACCAGCACUACUACCUAUCAAGCGAUAAAAUCAAUGAUAUUCUCUGUCUUCCAGUAGAAAAGCUCAAUUGCGUAACACCAAUAUUGGCCUGUCAGGAUAGAGUCCUUCGAGUUUUACAGGGGUCUGAUUUGUUAUAUGAAGUAGAAGUUCCUGGACCACCAAGUGUUCUUGCCUUAAACAAUGGAAAUGGUGGUGAUUCUGGAGAAGAAGUUUUGUUUGGAACAUCUGAUGGCAAACUUGGUCUUAUUCAGUUUUCUCAUUCAUCUCCAGUUCAUAAAUGGGAAAUCAGGAAUGACAAGAAGAGAGGAGGUAUCUUGUGUAUAGAUAGCUUUGACAUUGUAGGAGACGGAGUUAAAGAAUUACUUAUCGGCCGAGAUGAUGGUAUUUUAGAAGUAUAUACUUUUGACAGUACAAAUGAUCCUGUCCUUCGUUAUGAUCAUGCAUUGUCUGAAAGUAUCACAUCAGUCCAGGGUGGCUGUGUAGGGAAAGAUGGGUAUGAUGAAAUAUUAGCAUCCACAUAUUCUGGAUGGGUAACAGGACUGACUACAGAGCCUGUCCAUAGGGAAGGUGGAUCUGGUGAAGAGCUAAAGAUAAGUCAAGAAAUGCAGAACAAGAUUUCAUCCUUAAGGAGUGAGUUGGAACAUUUACAGAUAAAGGUACUGCAAGAACGUGAAAAAUACCAGCAGUCUUCCCGGUCCAGUACUGCUGUUUCAGCAGUACCUGCAUUUAGUGUGAAUGACAAGUUUACCUUAAAUAAGGAUGAUGCCAGCUACAGCCUUAUCUUAGAAGUGCAGACAGCUAUUGAUAAUGUUUUGAUACAGAGUGAUGUCCCAAUAGACCUACUGGAUGUGGAUAAAAAUUCCGCUGUUGUUAGUUUUAGUGGCUGUGAUUCUGAGCCAAACAGCAACUUUCUCCUUGCAACUUACCGAUGUCAAGCAAAUACCACUAGACUGGAGCUUAAGAUUCGAUCAAUUGAAGGCCAGUAUGGAAUACUACAAGCAUAUGUAACGCCAAGAAUUCAGCCAAAAACUUGCCAAGUUCGCCAAUAUCAGAUUAAACCACUUUCACUUCAUCAACGAACUCACUCUAUUGAUCAUGACAGACCUAUGAACACACUGACACUAAAAGGCCAGUUCAGUUUUGCUGAAAUUCACUCCUGGGUUGUGUUUUGCCUGCCUGAAGUCCCUGAAAAAACUCCAGCGGGAGAGUGUAUCACCUUUUAUUUUCAGAACACCUUUUUGGAUACACAGCUUGAAAGUACUUACAGAAAAGGGGAAGGUUUUUUCAAAUCAGACAACAUAUCCACCAUAUCCAUUCUAAAAGAUGUACUCUCCAAAGAAGCUACCAAAAGGAAAAUUAAUCUCAGUAUAUCAUAUGAUAUAAAUGAAAUUUCUGUGAACCACACACUAAAGUUAAUCCACCCAAAACUAGAAUACCAACUGCUAUUGGCGAAGAAAGUCCAGUUGAUAGAUGCUUUAAAAGAGUUGCAGGUUCAUGAGGGAAACAUGGACUUCCUGAUACCAGAAUAUCGUUGCAUUUUAGAGGAAGCAGACCACCUGCUGGAGGAGUACAAGAAACAACCUGCACAUCUUGAGAGACUUUAUGGUAUGAUUACAGAUCUCUUCAUAGAUAAAUUUAAAUUUAAAGGCACCAAUGUCAAAAGCAAAGUUCCUCUUCUUCUGGAAAUUCUGGACAGCUAUGACCAAAAUGCAUUGAUUGCUUUCUUUGAUGCUGCUGCCUAAAUUGGGAGAAAUGGUAAAAAGAGGUAUGAGCCUGUUAAGGAAAACAAUAGUCAUGUGAAACAGGAACACCUGAUAUUUAAUAUCUUGAAUUUAAAAAUGUUUCAACUACAUCCUGAUUUGUCUUUUAUAUACUUUAUCUUUUUUGUGUGUUACUAUUUCUUUAGUUGAUCCCCAUUUCUAGUAUUUAUUCAAACUUUUGCAAUCCAGCUGAAGACAAUAGAUGUAACAUAUGUUGCUUAUGUUAAAUGCAUAUACAGAAUAUUAUAUUUACUUUAGUGCUGAUCAUAAAUAGCUAAAAAAACCCAAAAUUUUAUAGUUGCAAAUAUUCAAAAUCCUUUUUAUAAAUUUUUUUAACCUAGUCAAACAGGACAUGGAAAAAGAUUCCACAGUUGUAAGAGUUCAACAGAAAGUAGUCUUUCUUGGGAUCUAUUUUAUUUUAAAUGUAUUGGGAGCUUAAUUGAAUGUGUAGCCAUAGCACAUUUUGCUUACUGUAUACCAAAAAUGGUACCAUAUUGUAAAUUUUGUGUGUAGUAUAGACAAUUGUGUAUAUAGGAGAUGAAAAAGUGACUCCUGUCCUUAAAGGGUAAUUACGUGUAUAGUUUCAUUCUGUUCCAUGUAUAAUCUGUUUGGGUAAGUUUACAGUUUUUGAGGCUAUACAAACACUUGGGCAUAUAUGCUCUUUACAUUGGAUUUAAUUAAAUUUCCUCCUAGUACUCAUAUACCUGAAAUUUUUGCUGUCACAAUUCAUCAUGCACUCACCCUCUUCCCAGUCCCUUCUCAAAACUCUCUACUACAAAGUCCAAAAACUUUAAUAUAUUUUAGUAAAAAUAGUAUCUCCUGUGCUUUCUAAAAAUGUUGUGAAAAGACAUUUCUGUUUAUUUUCUUUGGGGUUAAACCCACUCAAGCAGGGAAUAGUAUCUUUUGUCCUGUACAGCAUCAGACAGAGAUAAACAUUUCAUCAGUGAGUAAUACUACAUUUUAAUAUACACACUUUCAAAUAACCAAUACAGUUAUGGACUGUACUGAUGAUACAGAGAUGAUAAACUAAGCCUGCCUCCUAGCAUUACCUGGUCAUGCCAGAAACAGAGUUUUUGUUUUUGUUUUAAAUGAAAGUUUAGAUUCCAUCCUCAUGUUUGCAAAGAAAACUUGAAAAUAUGACCCUAAUGUUACUGGUUCUGUGCUGUGUGCUAGACCGAGGAAGCAACUUUUCCUCAAACCCACUCGUCAGGCAAGUCAAAGUACUCUGCUACACUGGCUUUUGAUGUGGUGUGGCUUAAACAUCACUGGUCAUGGAAGGCAGAAAAGUAAAAUGCCAGUAUUCUCUCAGGUGCUGUCCAGUUUGAGCAACAGAUGAGACCUCUUCCCUUGACGGUGAGUGUUUUAACCACUCAACUGCACAGUCAGGCUGCCCCUCAGCUAGAAGAGGAAAAGAAAUAGAGCCUCAGCACCUUCCCGAUUGUCCAUGUCACAGUACUUUGUCUGUCACAUUUUUCUUUUCAAUCUUCUCUGCUGUUUUUAUGAAACACCUACUGAUACAAAAGCAAGGCCCUAGCUGUUCCCAGCUUGUGUUAAUAAAUCCUAUUAGUACAAGCACAAAGCUUGGUAGGAAGGGAGUUCAAUUGAUUGAGUGUAACAAAGCAGUAAACAAUUAUAUAGAGUCCUGGCAGUUGUACCAAAUGAUGAGAAGACAAAAACAUGCUUCACAGUUCUUUAAUUUUGAAUUGAUCUUGGGAUUUAAAAAAACAGAUAAACUAUUUCCAGUUGUUUA